UAAGAUUCAAUUCUUCUUUAAUUUAAUUUAUUUAUAAAAUUUGUAUUACUUAUAUGAAAACGUAAUGUCAAAUUAAUUACAGUUUAAAAAGUGUAAACAAGUGAAAAUAAUUAAAAAUCUCAAAAUAACAGAUUUAUCUAAUUGAUUUGCAAUACAAACACAGAGUACGUAAUCAUCUACCAAUAAAUUAUAAUGUACACAUCCUCGUGUCUAUAAUAAUAUAUUUCAGUUAAAAUAUACGCACAUAACUUAAACUGAAAUGGUUUAAGUUAUACUAAUGUCUAAAAUCUUAUUUGAGAAGCUUGAGUCAUAUAACAAAAAUUUAUUUCUAUAAAUUAAUAAUUAUAAAAUAAUCAAUAAUAUAUCAUUAAAAAAAUAAAGUUAAUCAGUUAAAGGUAUUACAACAAAUUACGAUUUGCCUAAAAUUUAUAAGAAUUUUAAUAGACGAUACAGCAAUUUAUUGUUGAAGUAUUAAUUUUAAAAAUAGAUCAAGAGGUACACUUUAUCGCCGCAUAAAAUAAAUGCAUAUAUUUUCAGUAAAAACAAUAUACAUACGUACAUUUAUAUAAAUUCCAAUAAAAUAUUUGAAGAACACAAUAAAAAGGAGCAACUAAUUCUAUUUCAACGAUAAUGGGCAUAAUGUGGAAAAAUAUUUUUUUAUUGCUUUUGAUAAAAUCUGCCAUCGCAGGAACUUUAGAAGUUCUCAAUUCAAUUGAAAUUCAAAUCGAACACAACAUAAAGGAUAAACCUAUUUUAAAUACAAGUGAAAUAAUUACAAGCGACUUAACCGAACCUUUUAUAUAUUAUGUAGACCCGUCCUCUUUCGCAGAUGUAUACGAUGAAGAGAGUUGUAUGAUUUUCAGCCAUAAUAAAUCUUUUGUCCAAAAUGAAUCAUAUUGUAAAUGGAUAUGGGAAAAGCAUUUAUGUUGGCCGUCAACCCCUGCUGGUAGUAUUAUUCGUCAGCAAUGUCCAAAUUUUUCGGAAACAUUGAAAAAUUACUUUGCAGAAAGGAUUUGUGGUCUUAAUGGAGAGUGGAUUGAAAAUUCCGAAAUACAUAUUACUCGAAAAAAUUAUAAUAGUUGGGCUAAUUUAUCAAACUGUUUUAAAUUAGAAAUUUGGGAUUUAAAAAAUAGUACACUUGAGGUAACAAAAAAAUUCGACUUAAUUAAAAACGUAACCCAAGAAACUUUUGGAAAUUUUACAACACCUACAAAGGAAACUUCUAUGAUUACGAAUAUUGAUAACGAAUCUGACAUUCACUAUAUUGAUCAUUUGAUUUCUACAAGUAUUGAUAGCGAAUAUAAAUGUCUAUCUAAUUACAAUGAAACGUCAGUUUAUAAUGCAAUUUAUUGUAAUUGGACAUGGGAUAAAUACUUGUGUUGGCCCUUAACACCUGCGGGAACUAUAGUACGUCAAAAAUGUCCAAGUUUAAUAGGUGUAAUCAAAGAUCAUUACGCAGAAAGAGCGUGUGGCUAUAAUGGCAGAUGGAUUGGCAAAUUCGAAUCACAGACAUCGUUAAACAAUUCAAAUGGUUGGACAAAUUUUUCAAAUUGCUUCAGGGGAGAAGUCUGGGAUCUAAUAGAAAAAUGUAAUACAGGCGGUAAUUGUGAUGAAAAGUAUGAAAUUGCUAAACGUACAAGAAUUUUAGAAACAACUGGAUUAAUAUUGUCUUUUUUUACACUUUUGCUGUCUUUAAUAAUAUUUUUUAAUUUUCAAAGUUUACGGAAUUCCAGAACAAAAAUUCACAAAAACUUAUUUAUUGCUAUGGAAAUUCAAGUGAUAAUUCGUUUAAUUAUUUAUUUUGACCAAAAAAUAACAAGACAAAAUGUUGAUGCAUCUCAAUUAUCAUCAAGUGGAAUCGAAAACACUCCGUACUUAUGCGAAUUCUUGUAUUUCCUUUUGGAAUAUGCUAGAACGGCUAUGUUCAUGUGGAUGUUAAUUGAAGGAAUUUAUUUACACAGUGGUGUUACAUGGAUAACAGGAACAAGAAGAUUUCCAUAUAUCGCUUAUGCAAUUAUAGGUUGGGGAGCACCGUUAUUAAUGACUGCGGUUUGGGAAUUUUUUACGGUAAAAUAUCAUAAAGGCGAAAAAUGUUUGUUCAAUUACAAUUUGACCCCAUAUUAUUUAAUAUUGGAAGGUCCACGCCAUGCUGUCAUUUUGUUAAAUCUUAUUUUUUUGUUAAACAUUAUAAGAGUGUUAGUUAUGAAACUAAGGCAAAGCCACAGUAGCGAUCUGGAUCAAGUUAGAAAAGCAGUUCGUGCAGCAAUUGUAUUACUACCACUUCUAGGAAUAGCUCAUAUACUAUUUUAUUUUGAGCCAACCGACAAAAGUGUCCUUAUAUUUGCUAUUUGGUCAUAUACAGCGCAUUUUCUUCGUUCCUUUCAAGGCUUCUUCAUAGCACUAAUAUAUUGUUUCAUGAAUGGUGAAGUUCGUACUGCUAUAGCAAGAAGUUUGAUGAUUUAUAUGUCAUUAGAAGACAGAAACUGGUUUCAACAUCGAUCAUCUAUGUUCUCUGGAACUUACUUUCCGGACACUGAAACUCAAAUGGACAAUUCCAACAAAAAAAGCUCUUCUCCAAGGUCUAGAUCCAAUAGAAAACAUAGCAAUCAAAAGAAGUGGAUAUUCUGCAAUUGUUUUUCAAAUCGAACUUUAAACGAACAACAGAGAACUGCAGUUCCUGAGUCAAUUAUAUUUGAACUCUCAGAACAUUGACAUUUUUCCAAUAAUAGUGAUUAAAAUUCAUAAAUUAUGUGUAUAUGUACAUAUGUAGAUAUUUAUUUACAAGUACUUAUAAACUUUUAUUUUUUAUUGUAUAGGAAAAAACAAUACAUAUGCAUACAUGUGUGCAUAUACAUACAUAUAUAUUUGUAACGAUAA